UCCGGACCUGCGACGCUGCUGCAACAGGAUGCUGCCUCCGAACUAUCUCGCGGCCGCCGUGGCGUCUGUGCUUAUCGUACUCGAGCCGCCGUCGUCACAGGCGAAAUCUCUUGCCACUGGCAGUGACUGGUGGAAAGAUAAUUGUUUCGCCCCAUCGGAGCUAUGUGACGCUUACGAGCAACAGAGGAUGGAUGGUUUGCUGGGUCCUCCAGGAAUAAAUACAGACCGGAAGCCAUGGAAGGGCCAGAACACGAUGCAGUACGAGUGCCACAGCGUUUAUGGACCGAAAAGAAGGGCCUGCCUGCUGGCCUCUUCAGGUGCUCCAAGGGAAGAAGUAUGUCCUCAUCAGUUUUCUCAGGUGUUGUAUGGUGAACAAGCAGCUGUCAACAAUGUAAAUAUUAAACAAUUCCAAGAAGAUGCAAGAUCCAUCCAACAUCAGAUGUGGGCGGAUCCGAGAGUUUGUGUAUCUGGAAUGAGUUUUCAGUUUGCAAUGAAGGGGCAAAUCCAGAACUGUUCAGCAAUGCUUUCGAAGCCGCUGAAUUGUUAUUCAGAUAUAACUUGUAAGAGUAUUGAAGAAGUUGUCUCUUCUAUAUGGAGAAAUGGUACAAGUCGUAGUGGUGUGAUUGAGUCGGUAGGUAAUAAUACUUCCUUCAACGAAUCUAGCACAUGUGGGGGCGGAUAUCUGAAAGGGUUUUAUUUUGAUGUUUAUAGGGACAUGUGGUUUGACAUAGACGAAUGCAGCGAAAAUAUUUCAGGGUGCGCUCACGAGUGUGAGAACACAAUUGGUAGUUAUCGCUGCAAAUGCAAGCAGGGUUAUGCGCUACAGGAGGAUCGAAAGUCAUGCCAGGAUAUAGACGAGUGUAGCCGAAACGUGUCUGGAUGCGCCCAGGAAUGUGAGAACACAGACGGCAGCUUUAGCUGCAGAUGCCAAGAGGGCUUCUCUCUGCUGCCCGAUAAAAAGUCGUGCGAAGAUAUCGACGAAUGUCGGCGAAACAUGUCUGAGUGCUCUCACAAGUGCGUGAAUACGAUCGGUAGUUACAAAUGCAAGUGCAGGAAGGGCUACUUCCUCAUGGACGACCAGAAGUCCUGUGACGACCACGACGAGUGCGCGCGCGACAAGAACGGCAGGAGGUACGCGCCGUGCACCCACCUGUGCGUCAACGUCGCGAACGGCUUCAUGUGCGGCUGUCCGGAGGGUUUCGUCAUCGAUAGGCGCAACAUCGCCACGUGCAUAGACGUCCGCAACGUUGACGUUCCGCCUCCCGGUACUAGACCCAAGUCACAGGGGCAGUAGGCGGCCGAAAAGGCUCCUUCCGUGCGUCGGCCAGUCAAUAUUUUUAAUAUCAAAUGAGCUGGAGAUGAUGUAACACGGUACUAUACUUCCCACCCCUUUCGAUGGAUGCGUUGCGGAGAAUUCGUGAAGAGAAUGUGAAUAUGGAAGUGGUUACACAGGGAAAAGAUCGCGGGAAUUUGGGAACGAAGGAUGGUUAAGGUUUGACACCUCGUCGUUGUAAAGUUAAUUAGAGACACAGAAAUAUCUAUUCGGUUCUUUGUUGUUUCUGCAACCAUCUUCAGAUCGUUCCACAUGUGAAAAAGAAGCAUCACAUUAAUUCGUAAAUACCAAGGCAAUAACAGUACGUAGCUUAAAAACAUCACCGUGAGCAAGCCAGGUUGUUUUUAAACUAUGUACUGUUAUUGUCUUGGUGAUUAUGAAGACAUGUAAUUGCAUGAACACAGCUAACGAAGCUUUCCAAUGCUUUUUCACGUGUGGAGAGAUCUGAAGGUGUUGCAGACAGCAACCAAAACUAGUUAUCCUACUUUAAUUGUAACAGCAAAAUUGCGGUCUAGGCAAUGAAACUUGUUUUUACGUAAGAAUAAAAUUAUUUAAUAAACCACAAUAAGACCAACGUCUCCUCCCUGAUAUUGUCAGGCUUCACUAGAAAUCUUUUAGGAUGGUUUCGUGGCCAAAUCUGUGAAGUAUUUUCGUAUGGAUCAGUGGUAACAGAAAAUUCCACACAUAAAUUUCCCAGAUCAUAGCUCACAAAAUUUUUUGUUACAGAAGU